GGAGGGGGCGGGGCUUCGGGGCGGCCGCCGCCGGUGGGCUGCAGAUGAGGAGGAGGCGGCGGCCGCGGUGGCAGAAAAGGCGGCGGCGGCGGGGGUAGGGAGCCUGGAAACGCAAGCGGGGAUGGUAGGUAGUUUGGACCCGCCGGGCCGCCGUCGUUUCCAGAAAGGGUUUGACUGGAGGAACCUCUGGAGCAGCUCUCUGGAAUUAAGGGGCUCAGACCUGAAGGCCUUUCAGUGCACCUUUGCUAUAAACGAUAACCAUCUGUGCCUGAGGCAUUUAAGGUGGUAGCUCAGCCAAGUAACGUCCUUCCAUGCAAGCUUGGAGACCUGAGUUCAGAAACCUCAGAACCCAUGUUUAAAAAACAAAAAUCAAAGAGUAGGGCUGUCAAGAUGGCUCAGCAAGGUUGCCUGGCUCCUCUAACUGAUGGCAUGUUGAAGUACAUGGGCCAGUGGCAGCGAGGGCAUUUGAUCCAGAGGGGUCCACUCUAGAGGCCAGGGUACUACCACCAUGGGCCAGUGUGUCACCAAGUGCAAGAAUCCUUCAUCAACCUUGGGCAGCAAGAAUGGAGACCGGGACCCCAGCAACAAGUCACACAGCAGGCGGGGGGCUAGCCACCGUGAGGAACAGGUGCCACCUUGUGGCAAACCAGCUGGGGAUAUUCUUGUCAAUGGGACCAAGAAAGCAGAGGCUGCCACUGAGGCCUGCCAGCUGCCAACUUCUUCUGGAGAUGCUGGGAGGGAGUCCAAGACCAAUGCUGAGGAGUCUUCUUUGCAGAGGUUGGAAGAACUAUUCAGGCGCUACAAGGAUGAGCGGGAGGAUGCAAUUUUGGAGGAAGGCAUGGAGCGCUUUUGCAAUGACCUAUGUGUUGAUCCUACAGAAUUUCGAGUGCUGCUCUUGGCCUGGAAGUUCCAGGCUGCUACCAUGUGCAAAUUCACCAGGAAGGAGUUUUUUGAUGGCUGUAAAGCAAUAAGUGCAGACAGCAUUGAUGGGAUCUGUGCACGGUUCCCUAGCCUCUUAACAGAAGCCAAACAAGAAGAUAAAUUCAAGGAUCUCUACCGGUUUACAUUUCAGUUUGGCCUGGACUCUGAAGAAGGGCAGCGGUCACUGCAUCGUGAAAUAGCCAUUGCCCUAUGGAAACUAGUAUUUACACAGAACAAUCCUCCAGUAUUGGACCAGUGGCUAAAUUUCCUAACAGAGAACCCUUCGGGAAUCAAGGGCAUCUCCCGGGACACUUGGAACAUGUUUCUUAACUUCACUCAGGUGAUUGGCCCCGACCUCAGCAACUACAGUGAAGAUGAGGCCUGGCCGAGUCUCUUUGAUACCUUUGUGGAGUGGGAAAUGGAGAGAAGGAAAAGAGAAGUGGAAGGGAGAGGUACACUCAGCUCAGGGCAAGAGGGCUUGUGUCCAGAAGAGCAGACUUAGCCGCUCUGUUCCAGGAGCAGCACUGAGGAUCUGCCUGCUGCCCUGCAGCCAAAUGAGGAAUUGGACCUUUCUGGAAAUUACUGAAGAUCCGGAUAUUUUCUACUUUACACCUUUCUCUGCCUUGUAUUUGAAAGGGCUCUAAAAUGCUGUAUCAUGUUUUAGGCACUUUCUUCAUUUUUUUUUUUUUUUGUUAUUUUGGUUAUUUCUUUUUUGGGGGUGGGAAAUCCCCCAAAAUAUUUGAACCUGGCUACAUGUUGUGUACCUUUUUUUGAAGCCUUCAGAUAGAAUAAGCCUGCCAUUUCUUGCACAACUUGAUAGGAUUUGUUUUGUGGGGGAGGGGAGGGUGUAGCCCGGGUUGGGAGUGGGUUGUUAGGUUGAAUUAACAUUACAAAAUGAUGCAGUGCCAGACCUCAGUUUUGCAUAUUAUUUUUCAGGGCAGGUCUGUACUGUGUGUAGUGCUGUUUACAUGGUUGAAUUUAGGUUGUAAUAAUUAUUUUAAAAGAUUUACACAGAUAUGAAUAUAGCAGUGUUAACUGUUAGCCACAUUGCAUUAAUUUCCAGACAGUUUGGAGCUCUUGGAGAGCCAAGGCCAAGGCCAGUCAAGAGCAUUUGCAGUCUGACACCCCACCCCGUCCCUUUAAGCUAAUUUAUCCAAAGCCCUGUCUCCCUCACUUCUUGCUCAUUCCUUCUUUGACCUAUUGCAUUUCAUAUUUAACUUACCCAUCAUCAUGCUGUACCUGUCAGUCAAGUGAGCAGUUUUGUUUUGUUUUGUUAGAACACAUUGUACUGAAAACCACUUAAGCAUUGAAUGCAGAGAAAGCAGUGCUACCUCAGUUUUGCUGGAAGUAGACUUCUUUGAUAGUUUUCUUUGAUGUUUUUGUAUUUUCAUGUCAUAAGUGGAAAUACUUCUUUUUCUCCCCUUUUCAUUUGCCUUGGAGCCAAAGUUUCCGUUCUGGGUGGUGAGAAAAGUGUGCCUGCCAGCCGACCUGAAAGAAAGCGGUGGCAUGGAGCUCUGCUUCAAACUGUUUUUUCUCUAGUUUUGUUGAGUAUCAUUAGCUUACUUGUCUGGCAAGUGCAGAAGCCUGAGGCUGGCCUGAACUCUGCCAAACAAAUUAUCCACGUGUAUUGAAUCAUUAAAUUGUGUGCCCUCUCCCUCUUUGCUGCGCCCACGUUGUCACUUAACCCCUAGGAAUUAUUUAUUGUCUUUUUGUUAAUGUCAAGCUCGGUUGGGGUAACGUGGUGACUGUUUAGGUUUACAUGACCCUCUUCUCUUUCCCUUACCCCAGACAUGUAUAUAUACAUAUAUAAGAUAUGUAUAUAUUUUACCUUUAUAAAAUAUAUAUAUAUACACAUAUAUGUAUCUAUAUCCCUUUGUUUGUCUGCUAAAACUGGCCAUGAAAGAGGGAGCUGCCUUCAAUCUGUAGUUUAAGAAGAUGCCAGGGAGCAUCAUAAACGGAGGCUAUUGUAUAUUAAUUUAGACUUUUUCACUAAAAAGAACAUGAAUGAAUUUGCUUGCCGAAGGAGGAACCAGUUCUCUAGACUCCAUGCUCACUCUACAAGGCCAGCUUUGGUCAAGCUGCCACUGGGGCCUGAAGAGCUGACUCUGUCCUACCUUAUUCCACUAAAGUACCAUCUUGAUAAUUUCCCCUUAAAAAAUAUUCUCAAAAAUGUACUGGAAAGUGGGUGGCAGGAGCUUGUACAGUUCAGCUUCCAACAUUUCGGAACAGAUUUAAAAGGGAAUCUUUUAAUAAAUAAAAGUUACAAAAAUAUUUAUACUCUUGAUACAAUGAAAAAGUGUCUAUUAAAUAUUUGGAAUUUCCUCCCUUGAUUAGUCUACCCCAAAUCCUGGGUACAUGUUUCUCAACCUGGGUAAGAAUUGCAUGCUUUGAGUUCUUCAUGAGUCUUAUAGCUCUAGGCACUUAUCUUUAUAAAAAUGAUUAUUUAAGGAGAUGACAGUCAUAUUUCUUAAAGUCGGUAUUGACACAGGGAACAUUUUUGUAAGCCUCACAAUUGUCCUUCCUUGAGGGAUGAGAUGAUGAAUAUCAGCCACAGACUUACGAUAGUGCUGGAAGGCCCAAGUGGCUGUUGGGCCAGAUGUACCCCUUUUUUUUCUAGCCAGAAUAAGAUGAAAUCCUUGAGUAAGAAUCCAGGAGCCCAGUAGUUUCUGAGGGCACAGCUACAUUAUAACAUUUGGUUAAGAUCUCAUCUAGCCAGUUAGUUGUUCCUAAUUCAGGAUUAGGUAGAAAUCUAAUGAGGGAAGAGGUGGAGUUAGGUAAGACUUUCUGUCCCAGAUAAGAAAGGGUGUAUGUGGGGAAAGUGCCAAGAGGGAGUUUGCCAAGGGCCCCAUGGACUCAAGGAACUAGAUCUUUUCCUCAUUGGGUAGAGGUUUUUUUAACUGCUCAGUUUCUCCAAUCCCAAUGCCUGCACCCCAACCCCAGCCAUUUAGAAAUUGUGAUUAUAUUUUUAAUCAUCUGUUGUUGAGAAACCAGAGAAAGGAACAGUAUUCAGGGAGGGACUUUGGGUUUUCUGUGUAGUUGCUUUGCUUUGCCAAGAGAUUCUCAGUGAGGUGUAAGGUUUGCAGUUAACACUUCUGGGAAACAAAAGUUUCUGUUUCACUCACCCUCAGAUAGGCUUGCUGCUUAUUGGGUGGAUGAGCAGUGGCUGGGAGCCAAAUUGCUCCUCAGGUUAGCUAGCUUUGUGGCUUCAGGUGAUUUGGGAAGGGGUGAUAUCAGGGUGCCAUUUUGGAAUUCUGCAAUGUCUAAGCAUUACUACACAGACCGUUGGAAAUUGCAUACUUUGGGCAAAUGACUUUUUGAGUUUCCAUGGUAAUUCUUUAGUAACUUAUUAGCAAGCUGAUAUGAGAUAAAAAGUUACUUUAUUGAAUUCUUUCCCUUAGUCUUCCUUGCCAAACUUGAAUGUAUCAUUCUCAUUGACGCUUUGCUGUACUUCUGGGGGUUGCUUCAGCAGCUCUCUCUUCAUUGUGGCAGAUGCGCCAACAUGUCUGUUGGGUCCAGAAGUCUGUAUGUACCUAUCUGAUAAAGAAGUUCUCAGAGCUGACUGAAAAUCCAAAUUUCAGCCAACACUUUGGGCCAAGGGAAAGAUAACAGAAAAUGUGCAAAGCAGUACUGUUCAUAUUAGAAGGGCAGUGAAGAAUUACCAUGCACACAGAAUUAGCUUGAAACAGUACUGUCUCCUAGGGUGUGGUCUCCAGGCCAGAUCAGGUUAUGGGAUCCCAUAGAUUAUGUACGUAGACUGCACAUUGGUGGGAAGUUGCUAAGAUAAAGACUUGUCCAAAAACUAACAAAGCAAAAGAUGUGUUUAUUGGAAUGUAUAGUCUGCUGUAUUUCAAGUGGGGUCUUCAGUGCAGCAGGUAGACCUAGUUAUACAGUUAUGUAAGGGAUAGAGAACUACUGUUAAAAGGUUUUUAUCCCCUCUCACCACUUAAUCUCCUAUGUAUGUUAGGAUGGCUAGUGAUGACCUGAACAUCUUGGUAACAGACAGAGGUCUUACCUGGAGGACUAAAGCAGUACUUAGCUUAAAUACUUGAAAGGACAAAGUUAUCAAAAUACGUUGAUUAGGAUUAUUUAAGGUCAUGUGACACUGAUCUUUUCUUCUGGGUCACGUAGAGGAUAGGUUCUUGCCACACUCUUAUUCAGAGUUUCCUUGGUAAGCUGUAAUUGCAGCCCAUACCAGUUUGACCUGGCCCAGGACUACAUGCUGGGGAUGCUCACCAGGAGUCGCCCCUGGUCUCAGCCCCUCUCCUCUUUAUUUCAGAGAAGGAUGCUUGAGCAUUGGGCACAGAUGCUGAGGUGGUUUGAUUAGCUGAAAAACCAAGUUCUGAUUCAGGUGUUGGGGCAUCAUGUUCUGUUUCUCUUGGAAACCCAGCCUGCUCUCAUAGAUACCUACUUCCAUCACAUAUCCUGAGCAUUGCCAAAAGAAGCCAUUUAGCAGCUGCUGUUUUUCUCUCAGCACAAAUAUAUUUGCUACAGAAGAAUUCUCUUUUCUCUGGUCCUGGUCCCCAGACCUCAGAAUCUGUUAACUGCUCUUCCCUGCUGCACUGAAUAUGGUUCUAGGUUUUGAAGAGGGAAUUUGAAGCAAUAGGCAAUCAGGGCUUGGUUGAAUUGGUCUUGCAUAUAUCCUGUCUUAAUCCUCUGAGGUGAUGAGACACUGCUCAUGUGACCUUCUACCUUUGUGGAUCCCUCUUGGUUUGUGACCUUCGUACCUUCCCUGAGGUUGUACAAACUUGACAAAAGUUAAUACUUUUGUAUUCUCUGCACUGUUGCACUCUUCAAAUAGCCCCCUGAAUAUUAACUUGAUAUACACAUCUUUCUCUUUUAUGUCUACAGUAUUUUUUCCUUUUUUUUUUUUGAAGGUUAUCUGCUGUUGAAUUCAAUAAAUUUGUUUACCUAA